AUGACUUUCAAAAUUCCCAUUGGGAUGAUGCCCUUUAACCAAGUCUAUGGCAAGGCGUACCACCUAUCGAUCGAGAUUGAACACAAGGCAUACUUGGGGGUUAAAGGGUGUAAUAUGAAUUUAGCUCAAGCUAGUGAAGAAAGACUUCUUGAACUUCAAGGGUUAAAAGAGUUGAGACUUGAAGCCUACGAGAAUUCUAAAACCUACAAGGAGAAAACAAAACUCAUUCAUGACAAGAGUCUCGUAAGGAAGGACUUUUGGGUUGGUCAAAAGGUUCUACUUUUCAAUUCAUGCCUCUCGCUCAUGCUAGGUAAGCUUAAAUCUAAAUGGCUUGGACCAUCUGAUGUUAUUAAUGUUUUUCCCUUUAGUGUAGUAGAGAUAAGAAGUUUGGACACAGGAAAGGAAUUUAAGGUGAAUGGGCACCAUCUCAAAGUCUUCAAUGAAAGGGAAGUGAACCUUGCUCACUUGAGCUUGAUUUUGACUUCACCCUCAUACACUUGA